AAGGCCCGCGUCUCACUUUAUCACAGAGCCGAUCUUGCAAAUUUGUAACUCAGAUUUCUGCUGCAAACUCUAUGGCGAAAAAGAUACAGAAGUGGAGCAAAAAAGCAGAUUAGCUAUGUCCAGAGAACAGGAUUCAGUGAAACUGAUUUUUCUCGAUCUUCACUGAAACGGUUAAAGUCCAUUAUUGGGUCAGAUUGUUUUCCCAUCUGUGAAAUGGCCACAAGCUGGGGGAUAUGUUGCUGCCUACGCAGGAUCACCUUUGCCAGGAGAUUCCGAACAUACCACCAGCUCUGUCAGCGUCAGCUCUUGUGAGGGUGCUGGCAAAGUUGCACAUUCACUUUUCCCACCUCCAAACCGCAAAUGCACAGCAACUUUGCCAGAUGAGCAAUCGCAGUGAGACAGAGCAGGCUCAGCAAGAAUGGCUCCGGCCUGUAUUUGGGGGCUGUACACCAGCUGGUUACUCUCCACUUCUUUUAGUUCACAUGACAUUAGCGCAGCCCCGACGGAAUCGCCUCCCUGUCUCAUUCAGAGUGAACUGCGCAGGUUCUCGGAAGCUCCCAAACGGCUUCCUCCGUCAAAUGAGUGCAUGUUAAACUGCACGGUGUUGACCUACAUGAAGAUCCUCCGGCAGCGGAAGAGAAUGACCGUCCGUCUACACAAUUCAGUGACAGCCAGUGAGAAUGAAUACUGCUGGCCUUCCCACUUGCGCUGCCGGAAUGGAGAGCGACUGGACAAAGCUUUUGUGUUCUUAGACACCAACAAAGAAAAACAAAAUGUGUCUUUUGGCUAUAUUCUUAAUUCUGUGAUGGCUAUGUCAGCCCAGGGUGUACACAUGACCCCACAGGUUACCAGCUCAAUAAUGAGUGAGCAGUGUGGCAUCACAUUUGAUAUGACUAAGCUUUUCAAAGCUACAGUCAGUACGUUGUGUGUGCAAGUCACCUGCCAGGACAAUACUUCCAUAUCAUGUGACUCACUAAACAACACUCUUAAAUGUCCACCAUUCUUGGCAACAGUAUGGUCCAGGACCUAAUAACCCUUCUCAUGAAGUGCACUGGACGUUGUGUUCACAGUGAAUUAACUAUGUAGCAUUUUUCCAAAGGUUUUUGGAAUGAGGCCUAAUUGAAGACUACAGUUGGACAGAAGCUAGAACUAUGAAGUGGUUCUCAGACGUAUUGGAGACCCCAUGUUUUAUAGAGAAAGGAUGAUCAUCUAUUUUUUAUAUGUCUCUGUUCUGUGUAAGUCUGAAAGUUCAACAUAAGAACAUAAGAAACAGGAGCAGGUAAAGGAUAUUUGACUCCUUAAAUCUGUUCUGCCAUUCAGCAAGAUGAUUGCUGAUUGUAGCCAUAAUUGCACACCAUAACUGAGGGCAUCACUCAGAUCUGAAUGCUACUGAGUGUCAAGCUAAACAGUCAAUGCACGAUAUAAUUGAAAUAAGGUUGCCAACCCUUCCUGAAUUGUCCUAGAGUCUGCUGUUCUUAAAAAAUAAAUUCCUGGAUGUGCAAACCAGAAGAGAAAAAUGGUAAGGGUAUUAAAAAAAAAAUGAAAUUGAAGCUGGGUCUGAAAGGGCAUUAGCAAAAAUGAUCCAAUUAGGCAGUUCAAAGUCUUCUCUCAUUACGCUGGUCCUCCUGGAAUGGACAUAUCAGGUAACCAAUGCCAUUAGCAUGGAAGCAGAGCCGUUAUACAUAACAGUUCUUGCAUUGAAAACUUCCAGGAAUACAUCCAACCAUGGGUGGCAGUCAAUACCGAAUGCCACAUGGUUCCUGCUGCACAAUUUAUUCCUUCUCACAAAUCGUUCAAAAACAGAGAUCUCAGAGUUACAAUAAAAACAGUCACUUAGGUUCAACCAGUCCACGCCAACCAUAUUCCCAAACUUAACCAGUGUCACCUGCCUGCACUUGGCCCCUCUCCUUCCAAACCUUUCCUAUUCACCAACUUGUCUAAAUGUCUUUUAAACAGCAGUUCAUUCAACAUACAAACCACUCUGUGUAACAAGUUUGCUCUUCAUGUCCUUUUUAAAUCUUUCCCUAUCUCACCUUAAAAAGGGACUCCGCACCCUAGAAAGACCCUUGUCAUUCAACUCAUCUGUGCCUCUCAUGAUUUUACAAACCUCCAACAGGUCACCCCUCAACUUUGUGAAAAAAAGUCCCAUCUCUCCAGUGCAUUUUUAUAUCUCAUUUCCGGCAUCAUCCUGGUCAAUCUCUUCUGAACCCUUUCCAGUUUAAUAAUAUCCUUUCUAUUAUAGGGCGACCAGAACUGCACUCAGUACAGAAGAGGUUUCACCUAUGUCCUGUACAACCUCAACAGGACGUCCCAACUCUCAUACUCAAAGGUCUGAGCAAUGAAGGCAAGUGUGCUUAAUGCCUUCUUAAUCACCCUGUCUACCCGUGAUGCAAUUUUCAACGAAUUAUGUACCUAAACCUCGAGGGUCUCUCUGUUCCAAAACAAUGCCCAGGGCACAACUAUUAAUUGUGUAAGUCCUGUCCUUGUUUGUAUUACCAAAAUGCAAAACCUCAUAUUUAUCCAAAUUAAACUUUAUCUGCCACUCCUCAGCCCAUUGACCCAUUUGAACAAGAUAUCUUUGUAAUCCUAGAUAAAGUUCUUCAGUGUGCAGUAUACCACCAAUUUUGAUCAUCUGCAAACUGCCUUCUUAUUCUCAUUCAAAUGACAAACAAAAAUGUUCAAAUGACAAAGAAAAAUGGAAACCAAUCCCCAUGGAACACCACUGGCCACAGGUCUCCAGUCCAAAAAAAAACACUCUCUCACCGUCUAUCACUCUACCACUCUCUAUCUCCUACCAUAAAGCUAAUUUUGUAUGUAUACAAUUGGCCAACUCACCCUGAAUCUCAUGUGAUCUAAUUUUAACAAUUGAUCUACCAUGCGGAACCUUGUUAAAGGCUUUGUUAAAUUCCAAGUAAACAAUGUCUACUGCUCUGCUCUCAAUCUUUUUGGUUAUUUCACAAAGAAAUGUCGAAAUGUGGACCUUUGGGAGAUCUCAACUCUGUUUUAUUCCUUCGCGGAUGCUGUCGGACCUGCUGAGCAUUUCCAGCAAGUUUUUUUUGUUCAUGACUAAUCCUAUUUGUCUGAUGCAUUAUUUGAUAUUAUACAGAAAGUGAUUUGUAAUAUGGGCCUCUGAUUAUGCAUUUUGUAAUUACAGCAAUCAAGUGCCUGACCGAAGAGUCAGGGAGCUGAUGAGAGUGCUGGGAUUGGAAGUUUAACUGCAUUUACUAUAUGCAUGGUACUUAGUAUGAAUACAAUAACAUUAAAUAUUUGCUCUUACCAGCACGAGCAACAUAAUCUCAAGUAAAGCUGUGCAAAGUUACAGUAAUUCAUAAAUACUAAAAACACCAAGUAUACCUAGGAUGUUUUAACUACAUUCAAAACAGAGGAACUGAUAUUAAAAACGUAUGGUCAUGGAAACAGACAUAGUCUUUUUAACUUGGGCCUGUUCCACCGUUCAAACAGAUCAUAGCUCAAUCAGCCUCUAUAGCUUCUUUUAAGAGGAAAGACUUCAUGUUCUACUAGAACUUAAGUGAAGAAGUGCUCCUAGUCAUCAACCUGAACAUCUUAGCUCUAAUUGAAAGACAGUUCAUUUAUUCUGGGCUCCCUAUCAAAAGAAAUAGUUCACUCUAUCCAACUAUUUGAUAAUUUUAAACACCUCAGUUAUAUCUCCCUGCAGUCUUUUAUAGUCAUGGAAAUACAGGCCUGGGUCUGUAAUCUGACCUCAAAACUGUACUCUAUGACUGAUAUUGCCUGAAAUUCUAUGCACAAAUCUGAACACUGUACUUUGCUGGGAUCCAACCUGAGAUUUAUAACUCCCAGGCCUUUGUCUUCAGUAUCCCAGAAAUAAAGGACAAAAUUCCAUUAGCUAUUAUAAAUAUACUUUGUAGUAACAUCAAGUGUGGUCUGUGUAAAAAUUCUUAGAUCAUAAGAUGUAGGAGCAGAAGUAAAUCAUUCUGCUCAUCGAUGAGAUCAUGGCUGAUUUGAUAAUCAUCAACUUAAUUUUCCUGCUUUUCCCUAUAACAUUCAAUCCCCUUACUGAUUAAAAUUCUGUCAAUCUCUGCCUUCAAUAUACUUGAUGGCCAUGUCUCUGCAGUAAGGAAUUCCAAAUUCACUACCUCUGAGAGAAGAAAUUCCUCAUAACUGGGUGUCUUAACUGGGUGACCCCUUAUGCUCUCCUGUCCUAAUCUCUGCCACAAGGUGAAAUAAUCUCUCAGCAUAUCCUCUGUCAUGUCCCCAAAAAUCUUAUACGCUUCAAUAAAGUCGCCUCUCAUUUUUCUAAAUUCCAAUGAGUGCAGGGCCCACCUACCCAACUUCUCCAUGUAAGAAAAUCUUUUCAGGCCUGGGAUCAACCCAGUGAACUAUUUCUGGAUUGCUUCAAAUGCUUUCUUACAUAAGUGGACCAGAAGUAUUUCCACUUCUCUCAGUGUAGUCAAACUAGUGUAUAAAUUUAGCAAGCAUUCCAGAUUUUAAUAUACCAUUCCCUUUGAAUUAUAGACCAACAUUCUAUUUGCCUUCUCUAUUGUGCACUGAACUUGAAUGAUAGCCUUUUGUAAUUUAUGUACCAGGACCCUCAGAUCCCCUAAUUCUGCAGUUUUCUGUAGUCUUUCUCCAAAAAAUAAUAUUCAGCUCAUGUAUUCUUCUUGCCAAAGUGCUUAACAUCACAUUUCCCCACAUACUCCAUCUACCAAAUUUCAGCCCAUGCACAUAGCCUGACUGUAACCCUCUGUAAAGUCUGUGUCAUCUUCACCACUUGCCUUCCCAUCUAUUUGUGUCACCUGCAUACUUGUCUAUACUGCAUUCAAUUUCCUCAUCCAAGUCAUCAAUAUAUUGUAAAUAUUUGUGCUGCCAGCACUGAUCCCUUUAACACCCCACUAAAUACAGACUACCAUCCUGAAAAUCUGCCAACCCAACUCUGCCUUCUAUGAGUUAGCCAAUUCUUUUUCCAUGCUAAUACACCACCCUCAAAAGUAGCUUUAAGUGCAGUGCCUAAUCAAAUGUUUUUUGCAGAUCCAAAUAUAUUUGCUAGUUCCCUUUUAUCACCAUGACAAACCAUUAUCAUCUGAAUAUUUCUUAGGCCCAGAAGUCAACCUGACAAUGUUGCUUACUCACUAUUGAUGUCUCUUUGAAACUUACUACUCUAUUUACUCUAAUUUUAAGAGCAUUAUUGGCACGAGGAAAGCUCUUUAUUCCUUCAUCAAGUUAUCUUAUGAAGGAAAAGUAGGACAUCUUGGAUCGUAGCCUGCCAAUUGGAAGAUACACUUAUGAGCCCAGCGCCUUUUCUUUCUCUGCCCUCCGUUUCUCUCAGGAUCUUGCCAUUUACUUACUUCAAACUCAGACUUAGUUCUUGAAGUCCUGGUUGGGACAAUGGACAGCAAGACUCUGCAACCAAUUGCUUUCACUCUAGCACAGAUCCUGGUCUUGGUCUUGAAGGCCCUCUUUAAAUAACUUCACCAGGUUUUCUUUGGCCAGACCUGUCUUCUUUUCUGAGCUGGUGGUGUUGAUUCUGCCACUUGCGGACAGGUGAAAUACUGCCAGCAUCAGUCAUCUGCUCAUCACAAUGUCCUAUGGUUGUCUCUAAUCAGUCCUUUGUUGUAUUUCUUCAUCAGUGAUAUUGAUAUUAUCUCUACCAUUGAUGCCCAGGAUCUUAUAUAGGCAGUUAGUGGAAGACAUUACAUUUUCGCCUCUUUCGUUUAACUAAAUUCAACCCAACACUACAUUUUUAAAGUUUUUUUUCACUUCAUUUUAAUCAUCUGUUCAAGAAUAAUUAAGCAUGACACUAAAUAUUUAUGCUGCUGGAAAACUCAAACCCUGCAGAAAAAUGAAAGUAGUCAGGACCUACCUGCUACUUUUGGGGCGGCACGGUGACUCAAUGGUUAGCACUGCAGCCUCACAGUGCCAGGGACUCAGGUUCGAUUCCAGCCUCGGGUAACUGUCUGUGCAGAGUUUGCAUAUUCUCCCCGUGUUUGUGUGGGUUUCCUCCCACAGUCCAAAGAUGUGCAGGCUAGGUGGCUUGGCCAAGCUAAAUUGCCCAUAGUGUUCAGGGGUGUGUGGGUUAUAGGGGGGAUGGGUCUGGGUGAGAAGCUUCAAGGGGCGGUGUGACUUGCUGGGCCGAAGGGCCUGUUUCCACACUGUAGGGAAUCUAAUCUAAUCUACUCCAUUGCAUACUCUUGGGAAGUUCAAUGUCACACUAUUUGAACUCCCAGCAAGCUGUUUCCUGAAGAAUAUCUGAAGAUUAAGUGUGGUUGCCAACUGAAGUUGGUUAUGACUCAAUUCUUCAUUGGAACAGACUUCACAUGGAGCAAACCAGGUCUGCUGUGACAAGUGGCAUAAUACACUGAAAAUGCUAAAGCAUUCUUUCAUACCUUAAAUAAACAUGUAUUUUCAUCAUUUUUUUCACAGAUUCAUAAGAAUCAGUUCCCCUUUGUCCUGAAUUAAAUGUGUAAUAUAGCUCAUGCUUCUGUGAACGCAAGUAAUAGUUUAGCUACCUGGUUUAUUAUAAUUCCUUCAGGACACAGACUUGUUUCAAAACCUAACUGCAAUCCAAUCUAUUGUUCACUUGUCUAUUUGAUUGCAGACUUUCUUCUUCCAAGAUGAAUGGAAGAAUGUAGUAAUUUAAGGCUUCAGAAAUUAUAUGAUUCAAAGUCACAGGCUGGAGUGGGUUUGGACAUUAAGAAAUAUUGAAAAAAAAUCAAUUCGGUCUUUGUUCCAAGGAAUUCUUUCUCAGAACUGUCACAAUAUCAAAUGUAAGUGUCACCUAAGAUGCACUGUUACUGUAAAUAGAAAACAAGCAUUUUUCUGAACAUUUUGCACUUAUGUAUAUCUUAAUUUGCUCUUUC